AUGUAGAACAUGAAUUAAAAGCCAUUAAAAUCACUCAGAAAUAAGUAUAGUACUAUUACUAAGUUUACAGAGGCCUUUUAAAUAUAGGAUUCAGAGUUACAAGGUCCAACAGAAUAUUGUGAGUUAUAAAUGAUUGAUCAAGAGGUACCAAACAUAUUCGCAAGCUUCCCUAAUCUCAAUUUCAAUUUCAAUUCCACUAGCAUGUUUAUUAAAACACCAAUGACUAAUUCUAAACAGAAUGAUACUCAAAUCAAUUCAAAGAGCAUAAAAUCUGAAUAAAUUAGGAUACUAUGCGAAAUUGAUAUUGUAAUGUUACGGCAUUACUAUUUAUUGCGAAAAGAAGUGUUCAAAAAGCAUAAUUAAUUGUUUCCUAGAAAAUAAGAGAAAACCUUUGAUACCAUUGCUUAGAUUAAGAAAAGAUUUCAACAUCAUUACUAAAACAGAAUAGCAAUGAUGUUAUGCCGAUUAGUAGAUGAAGUGAGAAAUAAUUUAGAUUAAGAAUUUGUAGUUUGUGUUGUAGAUGAUAUUCAAUUAAUACCAGCUGAAUUGAUAGGGCUUGAUGCAAAGUUGAAAUAAUAAACUAUUGAAUCAUUUGAUACUUGUGAUCCAAUAUAAGUUUAUUAAGAAAUUACUAAGCUUAUAGAAAUUUAUUUAAAACCAAAACAAGAGAAUUGA